CCCGCGCUUCCGGCGGCGACACUUCCGGGGUGGCUCGGGAUGCUGCGGGCGGCGCGCGGCGGGGCCCGGCGGCUGCUGCGGGGGGAGCUCGCACCGCCACCGGCACCGCCACCGCCACCGGCACCGGCGGCACACCGCCGCCUGCCCCCGCGCCUCUGCCUGCCGCGCCGCCUGCUGCACCAGGCGCCCCAGCCCGCCGCGCCGCCGCCCGCCGUGGGGCGAUGGCUGCUGGCCUGCAGCGGUGCCGUGGCCGGUGCCGUGGUGCUGGGCGGCGUCACCAGGCUGACAGAAUCAGGCCUUUCCAUGGUCGACUGGCACCUGGUGAAGGAGAUGAAACCCCCCCGAACGCAGCAGGAGUGGGAAGCCGAGUUCCAGAAGUACCAGCAGUUCCCCGAGUUUAAGAUCCUGAACCACGACAUGACGCUGCCGGAGUUCAAGUUCAUCUGGUACAUGGAGUACUCGCACCGCAUGUGGGGCCGCGCCGUGGGCCUGGCCUACCUCCUGCCUGCCGCCUACUUCUGGCGCCGCGGCUGGCUCAGCCGGCCCCUCAAGGGCCGCGUGCUCGCGCUCUGCGGGCUGGUCUGCUUCCAGGGGUUGCUGGGAUGGUACAUGGUGAAGAGUGGGCUGGAAGAGAAGCCAGACUCCUACGACAUCCCUCGGGUCAGUCAGUACCGUCUGGCAGCACACCUGGGCUCUGCCCUGGUCCUGUACUCUGCCAGCCUGUGGACAGGGCUGUCUUUGCUGCUUCCACAACACAAGUUGCCAGAAACAAAACAGCUCCUUCGCUUGAGACAAUAUGCUCAUGGCACUACAGCUCUCAUUUUUCUGACUGCUCUUUCAGGUGCCUUUGUGGCAGGGCUGGAUGCUGGCCUUGUGUACAAUUCCUUCCCCAAAAUGGGGGAGCGCUGGAUCCCAGAUGAUCUCCUUGCCUUCUCCCCCGUGCUGAGAAAUAUCUUUGAGAAUCCUACAACUGUACAGUUUGAUCACAGGAUCUUGGGAAUUGCCUCCAUCACAGCUGUCACAGCACUGUACCUCUUCUCAAGGAAGAUCCCACUCCCUCGAAGGACCAGGAUGGCUGUGGCUUCCUUACUGGCCAUAGCUUGCACGCAGGUGGGCCUGGGCGUCAGCACCCUGCUGCUCUACGUCCCUACGCCUGUGGCGGCGACGCACCAGUCGGGCUCGCUGGCCCUGCUCAGCGCGGCGCUGUGGCUCGUGAGCGAGCUCCGCAGAGUUCCCAAGUGACGCAGAGACUGGGGCGGAGAGCCCCAGGGGAGCCGCGCAGCGGGCGGGGGCGGCCGAGCCCCGAGCCCCGGCUGCGCAGGGCGGUGUGUGCCCGCCCGGGCUGGCGCGGGCGGCGGCGGGUGCGAGUGCGAGCGGUGUGCCAUAAAGCCGUUGUGUGCCAUAAAGCCGUUGUGUGCCGUAAAGCA